AUGGUUCGCUAUCAAGUGUUCCUCAGCUUCAGAGGACCAGAGACACGCGAAAACUUGGCCCAGUACCUCUACGACCAGCUCAGACGCUUCGGGGUUGAGGCGUUCCUAGAUCGUGAAGAGAUCCGGGACGGUGACUGUAUCAGUAGAAAGAUCGAGGAAGCCAUCGAGCGCUCCGACGUCUGCGUCCCUAUCUUCUCCCAGGACUUCGCUUCCAGCGCAGCUUGCCUGAUGGAAGUGGCCCAUAUGGUGAAGUCUGGUAAAAAAAUUCUUCCCAUUUUCUUCUUCGUCAAGCCCUGCGAUGUGCGCUACAGGCGGGGAACAUACAGAGAGUCCUUCAAAAUCCACAGGGCCAAAAAGUAUCAUUCCGAGUUAAUAAUCAGAGAGUGGGAGUAUGCUCUGGAAAAGAUUGCUGGUUUCAAGGGACCGGAAUUCAAGCAGGCUGAUCUGAAGGCUGCUCUGAGGGCUGCUCUGGAGGCUGCUCUGGGAGAGAUUGGUCAUGGACUGGAAUUUAAGAAGGCUGCUUUAGGGGCUGCUCUGGAGUCUGCUCUGGAGGCCGCUCUGCAGGCUGCUCUGCAGACUGCUCUGGAUGGACAGACUGAUGUUAUACGGGGACUGGAAUCCAAGAAGGCUGCUCUGGAGGCUGCUCUAAAGGCUGCUCUUGGAGAGAUUGGUGUUAUAAAGCGACCGGAAUUCAAGGAGGCUGCUCUGGAAGAGAUGGGUGGUACAAAGGGACGAUUUUACAAUGAUCUCUUCAGCGGGUUUCGAGGACUAGAAGAUUUCAUUUCCCGACUUGGGAAUUUCUUGAUGGAUAAGAAAGAAAAGACUAAUAAUUUAGUUGGAGUAGACAGACAUGUGCCGAAAUUGGUGCGAACGCUUGGUUUCGACUAUCAGGAUGGACGAGUCGUUCAAAAACAAGAGAUGAAUGGGAGGAUGGUGUUUGUAGUGUGGGGUAUGCCUGGAGUAGGAAAAACCACGCUCGCAAAGGAGGUAUACUACAAUAUCAGACACCUCUUUGGUUGUAGCAGUUUUCUUGAAAAUGUUCACUACAAGACCAUACAUGAAGGUGUGGUAUCUCUGCAGAACAAGUUGAUUCAUGACCUUAGGGGAGGAGGAUGUCAAGAAGUGAAAUAUCCCGAAAACGGUACCACAAAGAUAAAACACCUAUUCCAAAGAGAGAGAGUUCUAAUUGUACUUGAUAAUGUGGAGAAACAGGAAGAAAUCAAACCAUUGGCUGAGGAAGUUACUUGGUUUGGUCCAGGAAGCAUAAUCAUCCUCACAUCCAGAAGAAGAGAUAUCAUUACACACUAUAAGGUUCCAGAAGAUAGCAAGGGCGAACAUCAAGUUUCAUCUAUGGAUGAAGAUGAUGCUCUUGAACUUUUCUAUAAACAUGCUAUUAUUAAACCGGAUGAUCUCCCACAGAACUACAAUGAUCUUUCUAGGAAAAUCACUUCUGCUGUGGGACGUCUUCCUUUCGCUAUUGUAAUUGUGGGAGAUUAUUUGCGCGGGAAGGACAAAAAAAUAUGGGAGGAGGCUCCGGGUAGAUUGAAAGGGGAACUGGAAGAACAAGUGGUACCGUUAUUUAAGGAAAGCUAUGACCAUUUGCGGAAGAACACAAGAGAAAUAUUCCUUGAUGUAGCAUGUUUCUUUAUAGGGGUUAAACAGAGAAACCCCCAUUAUAUGUGGAAUGCUCAAGGACGUCAACCGUAUACUAGUGUUGAUGAGCUUCAAAACAUAUCCUUUCUAAAAAUUGGAGAAGAAAAUGAGUUUUGGAUGCACAACCAACUACAAAUAUUUGGAAGAGAAACCGUCAAUAAGAAUUGUGAAGACCCCAGAGAGCCCAGCAGGCUAUGGGAUUUCAAAGAUGUCCAAACAACAUUGCGGAAAAAGCAGGUUAAGGAAAAGGUCAAAGCUCUCCGUGUAACCCCCGAUCGCAAUCGAGAUUCCCAAGUCAACAGUCGUCUUCAUUGGAAAAGUUUUCUUAAUCUAGAGCAACUGACGUUUCUUCAUUUGGAUGGUGUUGAAAUUGAAGGAAAUUGUGAGGAUGACAUUGUUGAUAUUAGAGGAAAUACUGAGGAUGUUCUUCUGGACCUAGUAUGGCUUGAUUGGCAUGGAUGCAGGGAGAAAUCACAGUUGUUUGCAUUGAGCAUGGAGAACCUGAAGGCUAAGGUUUUGAAAGUCCUCAACGCAAAAGAUUGUCCUUCGAUCUUUGCAUCUCUUAAAUUCCCCGACCCAGUCCCUUUAGAACGUCUGAUCCUGGAAGGUUGUUUGUUAGAAAUUCCAACAGAUCCUAGAUUGACAUCUGGCUUAGUGAAUCUAGUUACCCUGAACAUGAAGGGUUGCACAUAUUUUAAAUAUUUGACACAAGCACUGUGCUCUCUAAAAGCAUUGAAAGAGCUUUUCAUUGACGGAACUAAAAUUAAAAAACUUGAAUUCAAUGAACGCUCCCUGCCUUCACUUGAAAUUCUCAGUGCUUGCGAAUGUGAAGAUUUGGUUGACGUCAAUUCCAUUACAUUCUUAAAGACUCUUCAGAAGCUUAGUUUAAGAAGUUGCAAAAAUCUAAAACAACUUCCAGCUUUCCUUGGAUUGCUUACUAAGCUACAGGAAAUGGACCUGUCGCACACCUUAAUUGGGGAAUUACCUCCAUCAGUUGACAAGUUGGACAAUCUUCAAGUGCUAAAGAUGGUUCGUACUUCCCUAAUAGGAUUUCCUAAAGCCAUAAAAAAUCUUAAGAAGCUUGAAGAGUUGGAUUUCACUCAGUGCGUAAGAAUGAGGGGAGAAUGCAUCAUUACAGGAUUGGAUUCUUUAAGAAUCUUGAGAUUGAAAGGCACAGGAAUUUUUCGCGUGCUCUUCAGAGAUAUUGGGAAUUUUUGUCUCCACAUCCUUGAGUUCGAUAAUAGUGACAAUGGGCAGACGGCUUCAUAA